AGUUAAAUGUUGAACCAGACCCACAAAGGGCAAUGGUGUAACGCACGCCGUGACUCCGUCUUCAACAAGAACGAACGUCACUUUGUUUUCUGAUUCAAGGUCUUUGUCUAACAUGACCUAUGGAAUUUGACGUUGUGUUCUUGAUGUCAACCUGUUUUCCGGUGUACGUGCAUGCGAACAUACGUAAGCAUCAACGGGCUCACCAUUUUCCGAUUGCACAAUUUCUUUUAAACUUAUUCCUGUUUCGUAAUGAAUGCAAUGUCGUGUUGUUUUGGAGUGAAGAGCUAUUUUUUUUUCUAUCAGUUUAUCGUAACAACUUCCGUUUAUUGCGUGGGAUGUUCAUAAACAGAGAAAAUCGAUUAAUCGAGAGCAUUAAAACACUGCCGCCCUCCCUUAAAUGCUCGCUGCUAACAGCAUCGCCGUGGGAUGUGAGGUUACACACAUCAAGUUAUAAACGAUCAAAGUCCAAGUAUGUUCAAAUUCUAUUCAUGUACACCGUGAGGCACUGCUGUUAACCAGCACGUGAACAAACGAUUAGAAUUGAGUGAUAAGGGACAGAGUAAUUCCACCGGAAACUUGGUCAUCCGUGACAAAAGAAAACGUCACGAGGUCCCAAUCCUGUUGAGUGUUGCCAUUGUAAAAGUUUGUAAACAGAGCGUAAUAUGCAUUUUAGAAUUGAAUGCGACACUGGUAACAUCCCGGUGAUAAAAUCGAGAAGUCGACUCGCGGCAUCACGAUGAACAAGUGGAUGAUAUCUGGAUAUAAGGUUCGUUUUAAAGGCCACGAAGGCGAUGUUUAUGGUCGUUUGUACGACAUAUUAACUUGGCUUGUCCAAGUGCAUUUAGAUGCCUUGUGUCUGUUUGGCUCCAUCCUGUUAACCCUACAAGUUACGUGGAAGAAAUUAUUUUGUACUACGCAACAAGAAGUGACGAACAGAGAUGAAUUUCUGCCUCCACCAGACUUUGAAAAUCGCUCAUUUACUGUGAGCGAAUUACAGCAAUACGACGGCAUCAAAAAUCAGAGAAUAUAUUUUGCGGUUAACGGCAGAGUGUUUGAUGCUACACACACACAGGACAUUCAGUAUUUUAUGGAUGGACCGUUCAACCAUCUUGCUGGUCGAGACGCCAGCCGUGCUUUAGCAACCUUUUCUUUGGAUGAAAAUUUGACGAACAAAUCCGAAAUGGACGACUUGUCUGAUCUCAAUCCACUUCAAAUGGACAGCCUCUUUCACUGGGAAAUGCAGUGUGUAGAGAGAUAUCCUUGUGUCGGAAGACUUGUCAGAAGUCAUCAGCCACGUGCUCUUCAAAACGUUUGCAUAAGAACAAUAUGUGGUUGUAUGGGUGAAAUGAAAGGUAUUGCUAGAAGGAAGGCAGUUGAUGAACUUCCUUUACCGAGACUUAUCAAAAAUCAAAUCAUACCUAUGAGAUAAUCAUUUUGGGACUGUAUUACUGCCCGUGUAUCAAUAUUCAACCGGUCAGGCUGGCCAAUCAGAUUGUUCAAACAUAAGUUAUGCCCUUAAAAAUUUUCUGGAAAAGUUUGUGGCGGCUUUUCGGCCAUAAUAAAACAGCAGAAUUGUAAAAUUCUUGCAUUUACAGGGAUGUGAAUCUUUUGUAUCAAAAGAAAUCAAGAAGUUCAAACAGUGUUACUUUGCACACUAUAGCAUAGCCUAUCAAGUGAAACACUGCUAUCUUGUUUCGCAGUGAAGGGGCAGUGCCAUUUGUAAUCAUUGUUCACACGGAAUAAUAGUGGCAUUAAUCCAAGACUAUAUGAAUGCAGCUUAUAAAAACACUAAUUACGAAGAGAAAGCCAAAGAGCCGAGACUGAUUCAGUUAGCUCAAAUAUUCGAAACAGUUAGCAUCUGCACACCAGGCUAUUAGUGUAUAAAGUAUUUUUAGAUUUUAAAUUUCAAUAACAAUAAAAGACAAUAUAGAAGA